AUGGCCGGCCUCCGCCCGACGGCGGCCGCGACCGCACGAUGCCUCUUCGCGAGGCAGACGGCCACGCCGCGAACCUUCAGCACAACGGCGGCCGCGGCGCGCCAGACGCCGACGCACCUCAAGGUGGACCGGGAGGCGGUGCCGGACUACCCGUACGGCGAGUUCCGGUGGUACAAGCAGCGCAACAGCGGGCUGUACGGGACGGCCAAGAUCCGGUACGGCAACACGGUGUCGCAGCCGCGGCAGAUCAAGACGCGCACGCAGUGGCGCCCGAACCGGCACACCAAGCGCCUGUGGUCGCCCUCGCUCGGCAUGUUCAUCCGCACCCGCCUGACCGCCCACGUGCUCAAGACCAUCGACCGCCUCGGCGGCAUCGACGCCUACCUGCUCGGCACCAAGGCCCGCCGCAUCAAGGAGCUCGGCCCCGCCGGCUGGCGCCUGCGCUGGAAGGUCAUGCAGAGCCCCGCCGUGCAGGAGCGCUGGGCCCGCGAGCGCGAGGCCCUGGGCCUGCCGCCCAAGGACAGCUCGGCCGCGGCCCUGGAGGAGAUUGCGGCCCUCGAGGGAGCCCCGAGCGCCGAGGACAUGCGCGAGAUCGACGCCAUGCUGGAGCGUGGGGACGAGUUCGUCAUCGGCGAGGAGGAGGUCGUGGAGGAGCGGUUCAUGGCCGAGGAGCCGGCCUCUGCGGUGGAGGAGGCCCGGGAGGCGGCGCAGGAGGUGUUGGACGAGGUCAAGCAGGAGGGCGAGGUCAAGCGGAAGACGCCGUGA